CAGUCUAUUUAUUCAGCACAUUAUUCAGCGAAACUUCUUUUUAGAAAAUAUAAUAUUAUUGAUUUAAAUUAAAUAGUCUGGGAAGCACGGGAACGGGAUGAAACGAGCAUAUGUGUACAGAAACAAAGAAGAACAAGAUGGUAAAGUUUUAGCGGUGGAUAACUCGAUUGAGGAGUUCAAAGCAGAAAUAUCUAAACACUUUCAACAGCCCUAUGAAAAUAUUAAGUUAUUUUCCUCAAACGGUUGUGAAAUCACUGAUGCCAGAGUCAUAAGAGACGAAGAGAGAAUAUACUUGAGUUUAGACAGUAGAAGUGUUACAAAAAGCUGUGAUACAAUAGAAAAAUCAAUAGCGAAUUUGAACGUCGGCGAUGGAGAUUCGCGAUCAGUUUCAGAUUGGAUUACGCUAAACGUUGGCGGGAAACACUUCACAACAUCCAGGUCUACGAUCCUGGCCAAAGAACCUCUUUCAAUGCUAGCUAGAAUGUUUGCUGAUGACAAUAAUGUGUAUUUAAUGACUCCAAGUGCCACGGAUGAGAAAGGCGCGUAUUUGAUUGAUAGAAGUCCGGAAUAUUUCGAUCCUAUUUUGAAUUAUUUGAGGCAUGGUGAAGUUAUAUUUGAUAAUAAUGUGAACCCUAGAGGUGUCCUAGAAGAAGCAGUAUUUUAUGGCAUAGAGUCUAUGGUGCCACAACUGCAUCAACUCAUUGAGGAGUCUAAAUGUAGCCUUGGCAAGAACCAGGCUCUGACAAGGAUGGACGUAGUCCGCUCAAUCAUCAUGACUUCUCACAGUACCGAGUUAAGGUUCCAGGGUGUAAAUCUGGCUGGCGCAGAUUUGAAUAGACUGGAUUUGAGGAAUAUUAACUUCAAGUAUGCCUGUUUAUCCAGAUGCAACUUAAGCGGUGCGAAUCUAUCUCACUGUUGCUUGGAGAGAGCGGACCUGUCGCAUGCCAACUUGGAAGGUGCUCAACUACCAGGCGUUAAAGCCUUGUGUGCUAAUAUGGAAGGUGCAAAUUUGAAGGGAUGUAACAUGGAAGACCCUUCAGGGUCGAGGGCUGUGAUGGAAGGCGUCAAUUUAAAAGGUGCUAAUUUAGAGGGCAGUAAUAUGCCCGGUGUCAAUUUGAGGGUGGCAACACUGAAGAAUGCCAACCUUCAAAAUUGUGAUCUCAGAAGUGCUGUUUUAGCGGGAGCGGAUUUAGAGUGUUGCGACCUCUCAGGAAGCGAUCUCCACGAAGCCAAUUUGCGUGGCGCCAAUCUGAAGGACGCCGCGUUCGAACUCAUGUUGACUCCGCUCCACAUGUCCCAGACUAUUAGAUAAAUUAGCUUUAUAUUCAAUCGUGGGUAACACUAGUUAUUCGCCAAAUGGCUGAAAUUGUGUAGUGGGCGAAGGUUUUCUAUGAAGAUGGGAGUAACGUUUCUCCAAGCGGCUGAACCGAUAUAUUUCAUAUCUUUGCCAUGAACUUGCAACCCAAAAAAUUGGAUAUGUUUUGGGUUAGCACGCUUUACAGGCCGUAACAAAAAAAGAAUCAUGGUUUUUUCGAGACUCUUGGCUCUAUCUACUCCCUCUUUUUAAUUGAAAGGCUAUUUUAACCCUUUCGCUGCGACAUAUGGAUGUAUAAAGGACAGGUACCCAUCACCCACCUUCUCACGGGAAGUGGUCCAAAAUAUUUGAGUAAAAUUUGAUCUUUAAAAUUGCUCCGGAGCUGUUUACGCUCUUUUAGUUACAACCUUAAAGAUGUCGUUUCUUGCCGCCUUUUUAUAUGCAGUGUAUUUGCAUUAAAAUAUGUAUAACUUUAUAUUUAAAUGCCUACAUAUUUGUUAUUCUUAAACUGUAUUUAAUACGGACUCGAUAAAAAUGUGUA